AUGCCCAAAGCACCCGCAUCCGUUCCCUCGGGAGGUGUCCAGAUCUACAAGGCGACUUAUUCGAGUGUUCCUGUAUACGAGGUGAGUCUUAGUCUGCCCAAUUCCACUCGUCCAUUUACCGAACGCAUCUGACAACGCCUCCGCACCCUGCGCGAUACGCGCCUCCCUUUUGUUCGUGUCGCUUCGAAUUCGAUCCAGUUCCCCUGCCAUGGCGUGGCUGUGAUGCGAAGAAAGUCGGAUGCAUGGCUCAACGCCACGCAGAUCCUCAAGGUCGCUGGGUUCGACAAGCCGCAACGGACGCGUGUGCUCGAACGCGAGGUGCAGAAGGAUGUUCAUGAGAAAGUGCAGGGAGGUUACGGAAAAUACCAAGGUCCGUCUUGGGAACAGAUUAAAAUAAUACAUGUGAUUGAAGGACCCCUGCUGAUGCGGUCGUUCCCCAUGUUUUCCUACAGGCACCUGGAUUCCGAUGGAGAAGGGAAUCGCGCUCGCCAAGCAGUACGGCGUCGACCACCUCUUGCAACCCAUGUUCGAUUUUCAACCGACGAUCAACUCGCCCCCUCUCGCACCCAAGCACAUCACCGCGCUGCCGACCCGAGGGCCCCGAGCCGUCAAGGCCGCAGCGGCUGAUGGAGCGUUGCCGAAGAAGAAGGCCGCGCCUCGCAAACCAACGGCCGCCGCGGCUCGACGCGCUGCUGCCGCUUUGGCCGAGGAAGAGGAGGAAGAGGAUGACGACGAUAUCCCGAUGGACGAUGAUGUCUCGGACCUCGGCGACGAUGGCAUCGCUGACCGAAGGGCAGGAGUAACCGAAGGUAGCCGAAGUCCGACGCCCAGUGAGGACGGCAGCGUCACGAGCGAGACCCCUAGCCCGCUCGGAUCCGAAAUGGACGGCGAAUGGACCGAAGGCGCAGCGGGAGGCCCUCCGAUCAAAAAGCGCAAGCAAACGAACGGGUCCGCACGAAGCUCGAACGCGAGCCAGUUGCAAGAGCAGCAAGGGCUCGGCGCGCUCCGAUACGCUCGGGCGAUCCUCGAUUAUUUCGUCUCCGAAUCGACGCAGGUGCCCGCGUUCUUGCUACAUCCGCCCGCGGACUUUGACGCCAACGUCGUUAUCGAUGAUGAUGGUCACACGGCCCUGCACUGGGCGUGCGCAAUGGGUCGCAUUCGUAUCGUCAAACUGCUGCUCUCCGCCGGGGCCGAUAUUUUCCGUGCGAACGCAAUAGGUCAGACCGCUCUGAUGCGCUCGGUCAUGUUCACCAACAACUAUGACCUGCGCAAGUUCCCCGAACUGUUUGAACUGCUACAUCGUUCGACCGUCAACAUCGACCGCAACAACCGUAGCGUUUUCCACUACAUCGUCGACAUUGCCCUCGGCAAGGGUAAGACCCACGCCGCACGGUACUACCUCGAGACGGUAUUGAAUCGUCUUGCCGACUACCCCGAUCAAGUCGCCGACAUCCUCAACUUCCGUGACGAAGAAGGCGAGACCCCUCUUACCCUCGCGGCCCGGGCGAGGUCGAAGCGAUUGGUCAAACUGCUGCUCGACCACCACGCCGAUCCGAAAUUGCCCAACUUUGACGGCAAGACGGCCGAGGAUUAUAUCCUCGAAGACGAGAAGUACCGCGAAACCGAGGCUGCCGAUGCGAAUGGUCGAAAUCAUGUUGGUGUACCAAGUGGACAAUCCAACGGUCCCGAAGCAGCGGGGGGAGCAUCCCGACCCGUCCUAUUCGCACCUCAAACUCUGCACACCUCCGAGACGGCCCAACGAGCGUCGCUCAAAUGCGUUCCGGAAAUGGCCAAGAUGCUCGAACAACUCGCCGACUCUUUCGAUGCCGAACUCGCGGGCCAAGCGCGCAACGCGACGCAAGCGACCUCGCUCGUCACGAGCCUAAGGAACGAAAUCGCCGAUUCGAGGGAAAAGGUCAUGCUCUUGCAGGACCAGGUCGCGAAUGCGGAUGCGUUGGCGCAAGAGGAGAACCAGUUGCUCGCUCAGUUGCAAAAGAAGAUGGGGAAUCGAUUCCGCUUGGGGUGGGAGAAGUGGGUUCGGGAUGAGGAUGCGAGGGAAAGGGCUUAUGAAGAAGAGUUACGCUUGAAUGGGGGAGCCAAGUCUUCAAACGGGGUGGAGGACUCGCAAGAGGAUCUCGACUCGUACCGUCAAUUACUUGAGCACCCUCCUACCGAUGCCGAUCAACGUAAAGCACAACUCAAGUCGCAGAUCGCGGACCUGCAGAAACGCCGCGAGGAGAACUUUAGGUUGUACGCCGAGCGAACGGCCAAGUUGGGCGCGGGGACCAAGAUGGGGCAGUAUCGCCAGUUGAUCGCUUUGGGGAGUGGGAUCUCGAUGGAUCAGGUCGAGGAGGUCAUCCAGGACUUGCGAGCAGGGGAUGAUUCCAUGGUCGUUUGA